UUAUUGUCAUUGUUGUUAUUUAUCAUCAUCAGUAUCGUUACAAAGGCUCAGCUGGAAGGCCUGAAGUGCCCAUUAUACACACAGGGAAACGGAGGCCCAGAGAGAGGUCAAGGCUUGCACAGAGUUGCCCCUGGGGGAAGGAGGCAGGACUCUGACUCUGGCCUCAGUUUCCGCACCUGAGAAAUAGGCCACAUAAUUCUAGUGACCUCCUAGGGAAAGGGCAGUCAGGCCCUUGGGUGGGGCUUAGGCUUGACCACUGGCCACCUGAGCCACCUUGGAACUCUGGCCCCGAGUGCUUCGUUCUUCUCUGCCUUCUGUGUGUCACUGUGUCCACGAGUGCCUCCGAUGUCUUUCUGUGUUCCCACCCUCUACCACGCUGUUCCCAAUCCGUGCUUUGAGGGUACUCACUUGUCCUCCACCCUCUGCCCUCUGUCCUAUCUCCUGCCUGAUACCUGUAUUACCUCUCACCUGGCCCUCAAUGCCCCAGCCUCAUGACCCAGUCUUCCCGGACUGUCUGUGCUCCCAGCCAGCCUUGUCCCAUCACCCCAGCCUCAUAUGUGCACCUUCAGCGGCCCUGUUCCUCUGACACCCCCAUCCUGCUCCCGACAGGAACCUGCUGUACGUGUACCCGCACAGCCUCAACUUCAGCAGCCGCCAGGGCUCCGUGCGCAACCUUGCCGUGCGAGUGCAGUACAUGACAGGCGAGGACCCCAGCCAGGCCCUGCCGGUCAUCUUUGGCAAGUCCAGCUGCAGUGAAUUUACCCGCGAGGCCUUCACACCGGUGGUCUACCAUAACAAGUCCCCUGAGUUCUACGAGGAGUUCAAGCUGCAUCUUCCAGCCUGCGUGACAGAGAACCAUCACCUGCUGUUCACCUUCUACCACGUCAGCUGCCAGCCCCGGCCGGGCACUGCCCUGGAGACGCCCGUGGGCUUUACUUGGAUCCCACUGCUGCAGCAUGGGCGCCUGAGGACCGGCCCCUUCUGUCUCCCAGUGUCCGUGGACCAGCCGCCGCCCAGCUAUUCCGUGCUCACACCCGAUGUGGCGCUGCCGGGCAUGCGCUGGGUGGACAGUCACAAGGGCGUGUUCAGUGUGGAGCUCACGGCCGUGUCCUCUGUGCACCCCCAGGACCCCCACCUGGACAAAUUCUUCACCCUGGUGCAUGUCCUGGAGGAGGGGGCCUUCCCAUUCCGGCUCAAGGACGCUGUGCUGAGCGAGGGCAACGUGGAGCAGGAGCUGCGGGCCAGUCUUGCAGCACUGCGCCUGGCCAGCCCCGAACCCCUCGUGGCCUUCUCCCACCACGUGCUGGACAAGCUCGUGCGUCUGGUCGUCAGGCCCCCGAUCAUCAGUGGCCAGAUUGUGAACCUGGGCCGUGGAGCCUUUGAAGCAAUGGCCCAUGUAGUCAGCCUUGUCCACCGGAGCCUGGAGGCAGCCCAGGAUGCCCGCGGUCACUGCCCACAGCUGGCUGCCUACAUCCACUACGCAUUUCGCCUGCCUGGCACUGAGCCCAGCCUCCCGGAUGGGGCCCCUCCAGUGACAGUGCAGGCUGCCACACUGGCCCGUGGCUCUGGUCGCCCCAUAAGCCUCUACCUGGCGCGUUCCAAAAGCAUCAGCAGCAGCAACCCCGACCUCGCCGUGGCCCCUGGCUCUGUGGAUGACGAGGUUUCCCGCAUCCUGGCCAGCAAGGGCAUCGAUCGUUCACACUCCUGGGUGAAUUCCGCUUAUGCUCCAGGAGGCAGUAAGGCUGUGCUGCGGCGGGCACCCCCUUACUGUGGGGCCGACCCCAGACAGGCCAUCGACCGCACCUCUAGCCGAGCCUCCUCCUACCUCGAGGGUUCCUCCUCAGCCCCACCAGCCACCCAGCCGAGACCCACUGUGCAGAAGCUGCUUCACGAGGAGCUGGCUCUGCAGUGGGUGGUCAGCAGCAGUGCCGUACGCGAGGCCAUCCUCCAGCAUGCCUGGUUCUUCUUCCAGCUCAUGGUGAAGAGUAUGGCACUGCACCUGCUUCUUGGCCAGCGACUAGACACACCCCGCAAGCUGCGCUUCCCUGGGCGCUUCCUGGACGACAUCACUGCCCUGGUGGGCUCUGUGGGCCUGGAGGUCAUCACCCGUGUCCACAAGGAUGUGGAGCUGGCCGAGCGCCUCAAUGCCAGCCUGGCCUUCUUCCUCAGUGACCUUCUGUCCCUGGUGGACCGGGGCUUUGUCUUCAGCCUGGUCCGGGCCCACUACAAGCAGGUGGCCACGCGGCUCCAGUCGUCCCCUAAUCCAGCGGCCCUGCUGACCCUGCGCAUGGAAUUCACCCGCAUCCUAUGCAGCCAUGAGCACUACGUGACCCUCAACCUCCCCUGCUGCCCCCUGUCGCCCCCAGCCUCGCCCUCCCCCUCUGUGUCCUCCACCACGUCCCAGAGCUCCACCUUCUCCAGCCAAGCCCCGGACCCCAAGGUGACCAGCAUGUUCGAACUGAGUGGACCAUUCCGGCAGCAGCACUUCCUAGCUGGUCUCCUGCUGACAGAGCUGGCGCUGGCCCUUGAACCUGAGGCUGAGGGGGCAUUUCUGUUGCACAAGAAGGCCAUCAGUGCUGUGCACAGCCUGCUAUGUGGCCAUGACACUGAUCCCCGCUAUGCAGAGGCCACCGUGAAGGCUUGUGUGGCUGAGCUGUACCUGCCGCUGCUAUCGAUUGCACGGGACACCUUGCCACGGCUGCAUGACUUUGCUGAGGGUCCAGGUCAGCGGUCAAGACUGGCCUCAAUGCUUGACUCAGACACAGAAGGCGAAGGGGACAUUGCGGGUACCAUCAACCCCUCUGUGGCCAUGGCCAUUGCUGGUGGCCCCCUAGCCCCUGGCUCCCGGGCCAGCAUCUCCCAGGGGCCGCCAACGGCUUCUCGCGCAGGCUGUGCCCUCUCUGCUGAGUCAAGCCGGACCUUGCUGGCGUGCGUGCUGUGGGUGCUGAAAAAUGCCGAGCCGGCGCUCCUGCAGCGCUGGGCCACUGACCUGACACUCCCCCAGCUGGGACGUCUCUUGGACUUGCUGUACCUCUGCCUGGCUGCCUUCGAGUACAAGGGGAAAAAGGCCUUUGAACGCAUCAACAGCCUCACAUUCAAAAAAUCGCUGGAUAUGAAGGCACGUCUAGAGGAAGCCAUCCUAGGCACCAUCGGAGCUCGACAAGAAAUGGUUCGGCGAAGUCGUGAGAGGAGCCCAUUUGGGAAUCCAGAGAACGUGCGCUGGCGGAAGAGCGUCACACACUGGAAGCAAACCUCAGACCGCGUGGACAAGACCAAGGAUGAAAUGGAACACGAGGCCUUGGUGGAAGGGAACCUGGCAACUGAGGCAAGCCUAGUAGUUCUGGACACACUGGAGAUCAUCGUGCAGACGGUGAUGCUUUCAGAAGCCCGGGAGAGCGUCUUAGGGGCAGUGCUGAAGGUUGUGCUGUACAGCCUGGGCAGUGCCCAGAGUGCCCUCUUCUUGCAGCAUGGCCUGGCCACCCAGAGGGCCCUUGUGUCCAAGUUCCCGGAGCUGCUGUUUGAGGAGGACACGGAGCUGUGUGCUGACCUGUGCCUGAGGCUCCUACGACACUGUGGCAGCCGCAUCAGCACCAUCCGCACGCACGCCAGCGCCUCACUGUACCUGCUCAUGCGACAGAACUUCGAGAUCGGCCACAACUUUGCCCGUGUGAAGAUGCAGGUCACCAUGUCUCUCUCGUCCCUGGUGGGGACAACACAGAACUUCAGUGAAGAGCACUUGCGACGUUCACUCAAAACCAUCCUCACCUAUGCUGAGGAGGACGUGGGGCUGCGGGACAGCACCUUCGCGGAGCAGGUCCAGGACCUGAUGUUCAACCUGCACAUGAUCCUGACGGACACGGUGAAGAUGAAGGAACACCAGGAGGACCCUGAGAUGCUCAUCGACCUCAUGUACAGAAUUGCCCGGGGCUACCAGGGCUCACCAGACCUGCGGCUGACCUGGCUGCAGAACAUGGCCGGGAAGCACGCGGAGCUGGGCAACCAUGCCGAGGCCGCCCAGUGCAUGGUGCAUGCAGCCGCCCUCGUGGCUGAGUACCUCGCCCUGCUUGAGGACCACCGCCACCUGCCCGUGGGCUGUGUUUCCUUCCAGAACAUCUCAUCCAACGUGCUAGAGGAGUCCGCCAUCUCCGAUGACAUCCUGUCGCCCGACGAGGAGGGCUUCUGCUCCGGGAAGCACUUCACUGAGCUGGGGCUGGUAGGGUUGCUGGAACAGGCAGCCGGCUACUUCACCAUGGGUGGACUCUACGAGGCGGUGAAUGAGGUCUACAAGAACCUCAUCCCCAUCCUGGAAGCCCACCGUGACUACAAGAAGUUGGCCGCGGUGCACGGCAAACUGCAGGAGGCCUUCACCAAGAUCAUGCACCAGAGUUCCGGCUGGGAGCGCGUGUUCGGGACGUAUUUCCGCGUGGGCUUCUACGGCGCCCGCUUUGGCGACCUGGAUGAGCAGGAGUUUGUGUACAAGGAGCCAUCGAUCACGAAGCUGGCAGAGAUCUCACACCGGCUGGAGGAGUUCUACACGGAGAGAUUUGGCGACGACGUGGUUGAGAUUAUCAAAGACUCUAACCCUGUGGACAAGUCCAAGCUUGACGCACAGAAGGCCUACAUCCAGAUCACGUAUGUGGAACCGUACUUUGAUACCUACGAGCUCAAGGACCGGGUGACCUACUUUGACCGCAACUAUGGGCUUCGCACAUUCCUGUUCUGCACGCCCUUCACGCCAGAUGGGCGCGCACACGGGGAGCUGCCCGAGCAACACAAGCGUAAGACGCUGCUCAGCACCGACCACGCCUUCCCCUACAUCAAGACUCGCAUCCGUGUGUGCCACAGGGAGGAGACGGUGCUGACGCCAGUGGAGGUGGCUAUCGAGGACAUGCAGAAGAAAACACGGGAGCUGGCCUUCGCCACCGAGCAGGACCCACCAGAUGCUAAGAUGCUACAGAUGGUGCUUCAGGGCUCUGUGGGGCCCACCGUGAAUCAGGGUCCCCUGGAGGUGGCCCAAGUGUUUUUAGCAGAGAUCCCGGAAGACCCCAAGCUCUUCCGGCAUCACAACAAACUGCGGCUCUGCUUCAAGGACUUCUGCAAGAAAUGUGAAGAUGCGCUGCGGAAAAAUAAGGCCCUGAUUGGGCCGGACCAGAAGGAGUACCACCGCGAGCUAGAGCGCAACUACUGCCGCCUGCGGGAGGCUCUGCAGCCCCUGCUUACCCAGCGCCUGCCCCAGCUGCUGGCACCCACCCCACCUGGCCUCAGGAACUCCUUGAACAGAGCAAGUUUUCGAAAGGCAGACCUCUGAGCCCACAAGGACCAAAGCUGCACCUAGAAGAACCAGCACCCGGCCCUCAGCUAUCUGUGCUGCGAGGGGAGUCUCCCCUGGUGCCCACUGGGCCAUGGGGUGACCACAUUGUACUCGGUGCUGGGCCCUUUGCCCCUGUGUCCCCAUCUGUAUGCACUGAUGCUUUUUUAAUUUAAAAUGGUUUUAUAAGCAA